CAUCUCUCUCUAAGACGGUUCGAAGCUCAAAAAGUGUAAGUUGAUGGGUCUUGAUUAGACCCUUUUUUCGCCCUUUCUCUUCUCAGUUUCAGCUGAGUGAGAAGGAAGAGGGGAGAGAGAGAAGAGGUACAGAUUGGAUGCAAACGUGUAUAGAGGUCGUAUUUUUGAUUUGACAUUUUUGAAUUAAUUGUUUGGUAUAUCCACAAGCAUAGAUCAAAUGCCGGCACUAAAAAUGAAGGCCAAGUCAAGAACAGGCUGUAUAAAAGAUGGAAAUGGGCUUCGGGUCUGUCAACGGUCAAGUAAAAUAUCCAAGGAUUCAUGUUUUCAGGUCAGAAUGUCUCAACAAGAAGCUGAGUUGGGCAGUUCUAUUGAAGAUUGCCAAGAUGUUUUUCCCAGCAUUGAAGUACCUUCAUAUAAAAUUAGAAGUGAUGAAGCUGUUGAGCAUCAACAAUUAGUGGAUGAGGAAGCCAUUAGGUCACAAAGGUCAUCAUCAUCAUUAACUGAUUCUGCAUCUAUUGAAAGAGAGGAGAUUCUACCAGCCACAUGCCCAUCAAACUUGGAAACAAUCUUCUCACCUAUUUUGCAGUCUGAUGAAGUUAACUAUAAACCAAAUUUUCAAAGCUAUACAGUAGGGAGUGACAAUUGUUCUGAUAUGGCACAUUUGAAAGCUGAUGCCUCUGAUGAUGGAAGCAGUGGCUCAUGCGAUGAUUAUCAAACAUGCAACAUAUCAAGUUUUUAUAUUUCUGAUAGGUGUCUUACUGGUUUAACCUAUGAUGGGAAUGCAGAAUUUGAUGAUAUUAUGGAAGCCAAUCCAUUCCUCAACCAUGGAUAUACUGAUUCAAGUUUGAUGUUCGAUAUGGCUGAGGGAUGCAUGAUAUUGCCUUUCCUUGAGGAAACUGUGGAAAUGAGCAAUAACCUUGAUGGUGAACCAUGUGAAGAAGCCAUGAUGAGCUCAGAUGAUGGAUGUCUAUAUCUAGCGAUCCAUCAAACACAGUCCCUUACCCAGGAACCUGAUGUUAGUUCACACUCUGUUGACACUGACGAAGUUGAAUACUUUGAUCCACAGUUGUUUAUAAAAAAUUUACCUGAUCUACCAGAAGUUGUUCCAACUCUGUGGCCUAUGUUGUUACCCAAGGAAUCCCGGAUAAAGAAGCCUAUCACUUUAGUACUUGAUUUGGAUGAAACACUUGUUCAUUCUACUCUGGAGCCCUGUGAUGAUGCAGACUUCACCUUUCAAGUUCAUUUCAACAUGAAGGAGCAUACUGUCUAUGUACGGCAGAGGCCUCACCUUCGGACAUUCUUGGAAAGAGUUGCGGAGAUGUUUGAGGUCAUUGUGUUUACUGCCAGUCAAAGCACAUAUGCCGAGCAACUCUUGAAUAUACUGGAUCCAGACAGGAAGCUUAUUUCUCGACGUGCUUAUCGUGAGUCAUGUAUCUUUUCAGAUGGUAGCUACACUAAAGACUUGACGGUUUUAGGAGUUGACCUAGCAAAAGUUGCUAUUAUUGAUAAUUCUCCACAGGUUUUCAGGUUGCAAGUGAAUAAUGGGAUCCCAAUUAAGAGUUGGUUUGAUGAUCCGUCAGACUCUGCAUUAAUUUCAUUGCUUCCCUUCCUUGAGACCCUGGUUGAUGCUGAUGAUGUCCGUCCUAUCAUUGCAAAGAGAUUCAAUAAUGAGUAGCAGCUCCCCAUCUUCUUUUGAUAGUAUCAAUUUAACCACCCUUUGUCUCUCCUCUCUUCUCAAGCCAUAGUGAGAUCUUUCAGUAUGCUCCACUCCUACCCUUCUCUGGGUUGAGGUCAUUUAAUAUAAAUAAAUUAGUUCUGUUGGUGAGUCAGCUGUUGGUAUUUUCCCAAUCUUACUUUAUCCUCUUCGCAGAAAGCCUCUGUGAAGAUUUGUAUCUACUUGUGUUAGAGGUAGUGGCCAAGAAUAUUUCUAUUUAUUUUUCAUUGUGCAGAUAAAGAUGAAGGUUUUUCCAUACAGGUGUGUAUAUGAAUGAAUUUAGAGUGGAAUAAAAUUUGGUUGCAGAUUCUGUUUGUUU